AUGGAGUUCAUUCGCAGAUUUGGGCUUUUGGCCAUUUCACAGUCGAGGAGGCCUCCAAGGAGGCUGUUGGUGUCGCAUUGCUGGCGCAAUGUCCGUCUCAACUCUACAGCUCCGCCGCUGCCCGGCGCUUCCAGCAUUGUGCUCCGCGAUUACCAGGAAGAAUGCAUUCAGUCGGUGCUAAGCUACCUUGACGAGGGCCACCGGCGCCUUGGCAUAUCUCUAGCCACUGGUGCUGGAAAGACAGUCAUCUUCACACAGCUCAUUAGCCGAAUUCCACCUCGCGAUGCGGAAGCUACCAAGACUAUGAUUAUCGUCCACCGACGCGAACUCGUCGAACAAGCAGCGAAGCAUUGCCGCCUUGCAUACCCAGACAAGAUUGUGGAAGUUGAAAUGGGGAACAAUGUUGCGACAGGUCAUGGAGAUAUCAUCAUUGCAUCCGUGCAAACGCUUGCCCGGGGGCGCAUCCAUAAGUUCGACCCGAAGCUAUUCAAGCUGAUUCUGGUGGACGAAGCGCAUCAUAUUGUUGCACGAUCCUACCGUGAAGCGUUGGGUCAUUUUAGUCUGAACGAGCCAUCUCCAAAUGCGCCGGUUCUCGUCGGUGUCUCCGCUACCUUUGCGCGAUUCGACGGGCUGAAACUCGGUGCCGCGAUUGAUCAUAUUGUUUAUCAUAAAGAUUACGUGGAUAUGAUUGGCGAGAAAUGGCUGGCCAAUGCAGUUUUUACUACUGUCAAAUCCGAGGCGAAUUUGUCCAACGUGAAAAAGGACAAGUUUGGCGAUUUUGCCCUGAGCUCGCUCUCAGAGGCGGUUAACACUUCGAAUACCAACAAUAUCACUGUGCGUGCCUGGAUGGCGAAUGCGCAAGGUCGGAAAUCGACGCUUGUCUUUUGCGUGGACGUCGAGCAUGCCAAACAGCUCACUGCGACGUUUCGGGAACAUGGCGUUGAUGCUCGGUACAUCACUGCCACGACACACAAGAAUGUACGCUCUGAGCAACUGGAGGCUUUCAAAAAACAAGAGUUCCCGGUUCUUUUGAAUUGCGGUCUGUUCACUGAGGGCACGGAUAUUCCCAACAUUGAUUGCGUUCUCUUGGCGCGUCCGACCAGAUCGAGGAAUUUACUAAUCCAAAUGAUUGGACGUGGACUUCGUCUGUUUCCUGGGAAAGAGGAUUGUCAUAUAAUUGACAUGGUUGCAUCGUUGGCAACUGGAGUCCUGUCAACUCCGACCUUGUUCGGUCUUCACCCAGACGAAGUCUUGAGCAAGUCUUCAGUGAAAGAUAUACGAGAAGGGCGUAAGGAAGACAGCCUGCCAAAGCCAUCAGAAGAGUCGGAGACAGCCGAGGAGGGUGAGGUCAGUCUACAAUUCACCAAAUACGACAGCAUCUACGACCUAUUAGAUGACACACGCUCUGAGAAACACAUCCGGUCUCUCAGUCCAAACUCCUGGGUCCGAGUUGGCGAUGAAAAGUACUUGUUAUCAGAAUCAUCAGGCUGGCUGACCCUGGAGAAAGAAAAAGAUAUGUACAACGUGUACCACGUCAUGAAGUUCACCAACCCAAUGACGGAAACACCCCAGUUCACACGCCCUCGACGAAUCGCAUCGGGAACAGACUUAGAAACAGCUGUUCGCGCCGCAGAUACGUAUGCCAGCAGCAAAUUUGACGAGCGAUAUAUUGCAUCGUGGAAACCCUGGAGGCAGAAUCCGGCAACACCUGGACAGAUCCAGUUGCUUAACAAAGCUCGCAUUCGGGAGGGCAAGCUACGGCCCGGGGACUUGACGAGGGGUCAAGCGGCUGACAUGAUCACUAAGCUGAAAUUUGGGGGCAAGAAGCGCUUCAAGAGUAUUGAAGUUCAGCAGCGUAAGGCUGAGAAGAGAGAAAAGGCCAUGAAUGAAUUUGAUGAGCUGCGCAGGAGGACUAAUGUCAAGGUUGGGCCGGUGGACAGCUGA